CGAGGUCACGUCUUUAUUCGGUGUUCAGCAGCUGCAGGGCGGCUUUCACUUGGAUCCAUGGCUUGGGUCAGGGUCGAGCUGCUGCUGGUCGUCCUGACCGGGACUCUGCUGCUGGUUUCAGCCCAGCGGUGGGAGACGAUCGACGGAAGUCGACUUGUUAAUUUCUACGAGAGGGGACAGUUGGGACACGUGCCUACAUCGCCGGGGAAAGGACUUACAUCGCCAGAUAAAGGACUACCAAAUUAUGAUGACAGCAGUGACUACGACGAUGGCAAAGAUACAAUUCUUGUAAAUGCAUUUACUGAAGGUGCUGCCACCAGUGACGACUCUGACCCUUUUGCUGACCAUGGAUUCCAGGUGGAGGCAGAUUCUGAUCUAGGGAACUGGGCCAGCAUAGAAUUUACAGAUGCCCCUCCAAGGAGCUGGACCAGCAUUACCAGUCCAAGUUCACCUGGGUUUGAUGUUGUCUGUGGUGAAGCUAGCUUCCAAAUUAGUCUGCCAGCAGGUUCUUUAAGUGAAGCUAAAGUUUUGGACUCGACGGACCUGCUGUCUGUUAUGGAAGCUCCAGAGUAUUGCGGUUAUAUUGUGAAUCCUUCCCAGAGCAGCUUUACUGUACCCUUCAAUGGGUGCCAUGUGAAACAACAUACUGGCCACUACAGCCUGCAGUUGCUGUACAUCGAUGAGCUUGGUCAGAUACAAAUUGUCACCGCAUCUUGUGAUCAUGGUCAGAAGUUUGACUCUGGCCUGUUUCCUCGUGUCAGUGGCCAAACCGAGCCUUCAAAGUGCAAUAACCCAACUACUGCACCUCCAACAUCAACACCCUCAACAGCACAAAACUGUGCUGUCCCCACUGGGGAGCAGGUGACUUGUGGUCAGUCAGGAAUAUCUUCCUCAGAUUGUAAAAAGAUGGGAUGCUGUGUGGAUUCUUCUACAUCUGCCUGCUACUAUCCACUGGAUGAGUGUACUGGGGAUAAACACUUUGUUUUUGCCAUUCGUGACAACUCUGCAUCCAUCCCUGUGAAUCCCACCAAGCUCAUUAUUCCUGAGGAUACAAACUGUAAACCAGUCAUUGUUAAUGACAAGGUUGCCAUCUUUAAGUUUAAAGUUACAGAAUGUGGAGCUCGUUCUUAUGAAGUUGGUGAGACAAAGAUCUACCUGGCUGAAGUGCAGACGACUGUCCAAGCUUUGAACCUGAAGUAUGGUGUAAUCACAAGAAGUGAUCCACUUAGAUUCAUGGUUGAGUGCCGCUAUAGCAAAACAGGAGCUGCUCCGCAGUCGCUGGCCAGUGUUGGCUACAUGGUCAAGAUCCCGAGUUCCAGUUUGCCAUCAUCAGUGAUCUCCAAUGGCUUAUAUGGUGUUCAAUUACGAAUUGCUAAAGAUGCGACCUAUUCAAGUUACUUCCCCACUUACCACCAGCCCUUGCGGCUACUCCUUGGCAAACCUGUUUAUCUUGAACUGCACCUGAGGUCUCCAAAACCAGAUGCAGUGCUUCUUGUUAACUAUUGUCUAGCUUACCCUCGUUCUGCAAAGAAUGCUCUGGUGCUUAUAUAUGAAGGGUGCGCCAACCCUUAUGAUCCAAAUGUGUCCGUCCUUGUAGUCAGUGACCUUCCCAAAAAUCGCCACCACAGGCGCUUCAUGGUCAGGGCCUUCCAGUUUAUGGAUCAAAAGACAAACAAGUACCUAGAUGAAGAAAUCUAUUUCAUGUGCUCUACUGAGGUUUGUAGGCCAGGUGAAAAGACGUGUGAACAGCGGUGCUUUGAUGGAAAGGCAUCUUAAGAAUUUGCCAAAAAACUGGCUUGGAUUUACAGAUGAAGACUUAAGAAAUGUGAAUAAUGAACUUGCAUAAAUUAAAAUUUUUAUUGUACAGUA